CUAGGCGUAUUUGCAUGCAUGUCUCUCAUAAUUAACAAAAUGAUUGGUACGGGAAUUUUCAGCACACCAGCAUUAAUUUUUUAUCUUUGUGGUAAUAUAGGGACGAGUUUAAUCCUAUGGCUCAUUGGAGGGAUUGUUACAUUUUGUGGACUUAGUGUAUAUUUAGAAUUUGGGUUAGAAUUACCGUUUAAUGGAGGUGAGAAAAAUUAUUUACAACGGGUUUUCACGAGGCCUAGGAAAUUGAUUGAUUGUGUUUAUGCUGCACAGAUUGUAUUGUUGGGGUUUAGUUCUGGGAAUUCAUAUGCUUUUGGGAAAUAUGUAUUGUUUGCUAUGACUGGGAAGAGGGAUGGUGAGGAUGAUUGGAUUUCAAGGGUUAUUGGAGUUGGUGUUAUAACGUUUGCAAUUUAUUUACAUGUUUUUCAUUCAGGGUUGAGUACUAGGAUUUUCACUAUAUUGGGGUUUAUUAAAGUGUUUAUAUUGGCAUUGAUUAUAUCUUUGGGGUUUCUUGUGUUUGUUGGAUUGAUUGAUAUUGAUCAAAAUGAUAAUUUUUCAAACAUUUGGUUAAAUUAUGAUGGAUUUUCAGGUAAUUCAUAUAAUUUAUCUGUGGGUUUAUUACAAGUUAUUUAUUCAUUUAAAGGAUGGGAGAAUGCAAAUUAUGUAUUAUCAGAGAUUAAAAAUCCACACAAGACAUUAAAGAUUUCAGCACCAUUAUCAGUUUUAUUAACAACAGGGUUAUAUUUCUUAGUUAUAUUAUCAUAUUACUUGGUUAUUCCUAAAGAGGAGUUUAAAAGUUCAGGUGUGUUAAUUGCAGGAGUUUUCUUUAACAAGAUAUUUGGAGAAUCUAUUACAUCUAGGGUAUUACCAAUUAUGAUUUCCUUAUCAAAUCUAGGUAAUGUAUUUGCAGUUUCAUUUUCACAUUCAAGGAUUAAUCAAGAAUUGGCUAAAGAAUCACUAUUACCAUAUUCUAAAUGGUUAUCGCAUUUGCCAAAUUCGAUGUUUUUACAUUGGUUAGUCACAGUGUUGGUGUUGAUAUUACCACCUAAUGGAGAUGUUUAUCAAUUUGUUGUCAAUUUAUAUUCAUAUCCAGGGACAUGGAUCAAUAUUUUGGUUACUCUGGGGUUGUUUUAUCUACAAUAUAAUCGGGUAAAGGAAGGAUGGGGUUGUAAAGAUGAAGAGCAUAGAUGGCAUUCGUAUUGGGCUGUUAGCUUUGUUUUCUUGAUGGCCAAUGUGUUUUUAGCAGUGUUUCCAUUUGUGCCACCGCCAGUGCUCAGUGACAAUGGGUAUCCUUACUUCGUGUUCCCAGUGACAGGUGUCAGUGUGCUGCUGAGCGGUGGUGUGUAUUGGGCGGUG